CAGUUAGAAAAUUCGCAGGGACAGGCUGGGACUCACCCUCCCCAGACUCCGAGGGUUUGAGUCAUGGAUCCCCGAACCUUCCUCCUGCUACUCUCGGGGGCCCUGACCCUGACCAAGACCUGGGCAGGGUCUCCCGCCAUCCCUUUUCUGUCUCAGGAGCCCCUCGUCCCCUCCCUCCCCCAUAGCCCUCGGACCCGGGACCCGCGCCGGGAGGAGGGUCGGCCGGCUCUCAGCUCCUCCCCGCCCCCAGGCUCCCACUCCCUGAGGUAUUUCAACACCGCCCUGUCCCGGCCCGGCCGCGGGGAGCCCCGCUUCAUCACCGUCGGCUACGUGGACGACACGCAGUUCGUGCGGUUCGACAGCGACGCCGAGAAUCCGAGGAUGGAGCCCCGGGCGCCGUGGGUGGAGCAGGAGGGGCCAGAGUAUUGGGAGGAGAACACGCGGACCAUCAAGAGCACCGCACAGAAUUUCCGAGUGAGCCUGAACAACCUGCGCGGCUACUACAACCAGAGCGAGGCCGGGUCUCACACCAUCCAGGAAAUGUAUGGCUGCGACGUGGGGCCGGACGGGCGCCUCCUCCGCGGGUACAGUCAGUCCGCCUACGACGGCGCCGAUUACAUCGCCCUGAACGAGGACCUGCGCUCCUGGACCGCGGCGGACGCGGCGGCUCAGAUCACCCGGCGCAAGUGGGAGGCGGAGAGUGUGGCAGAGCAAGACAGGGCCUACCUGGAUGGGAAGUGCGUGGUGUGGCUCCGCAGAUACCUGGAGAUCGGGAAGGAGAUGUUGCAGCGCGCGGAUCCCCCAAAGACACACGUGACCCGCCACCCCAUCUCUGACCGUGAGGUCACCCUGAGGUGCUGGGCCCUGGGCUUCUACCCUGCGGAGAUCACUCUGACCUGGCAGCGUGAUGGGGAGGACCUGACCCAGGACACAGAGCUUGUGGAGACCAGGCCUGCAGGGGACGGGACCUUCCAGAAGUGGGCGGCUGUGGUGGUGCCUUCUGGAGAGGAGCAGAGAUACACAUGCCGUGUGCAGCACGAGGGGCUGCCUGAGCCCAUCACCCGGAGAUGGGAGCCACCUCCUCAGUCCACCAUCCUCAUUGUGGGCGUCCUUGCUGGCCUGGGUCUCUUCAUGGUCACUGUAGCUGUGGUGGUUGGAGCCGUGAUCUGGAGGAAGAAGCGCUCAGGUGGAAAAAGAGGGAGCUACGCUCAGUCUACAAGCAGCGACAGUUCCCAGGACUCUGAUGUGUCUCUCAUUCCUCCUAAAGUUUGAGACAGCUGCCUUGUGGGAGACUGAGUGAUGCAAGAUUUGUUCCUGCCCCACCCCACACUGUGACUUCAGGAAUCUCUGUAUAGGGCAUCUGAAUGUGUCUGCAUUCCUAAUAGCAUAAUGUGAGGAGGUAGGGAGACUGGUCUCUCCCACAAUCCCCUCCCCUCACUGACCUCUGUUCUCUUUCCUGAUUGACUUGCCUGUUCCAGCAGAGGCGGGGCUGGUUCCUUCCCUGUCAUAACUUCGUGUUGCCCUGAGCUGCAACUUCUUACUUCCUUAUUGAAAAUAAGAAUCUGGAUACCAAUUUGUUUUUUCAAAUUCUUGCCAUGAGGGAUCAAUGGGUUAAUUAAAGGAGAAGAUUCCUAAAAUUUGAGAGAGGAAAUAAAUGGAAGCACUGAGAACCUUCCAGAGUCCA